AACCUUUGAGAUUUUUGAAUAAUCAAAAGUUCCAAACAAGGCCCGAUAAAAAGCUCCUUCGGCAAUUGAUGCCGGCUCGGAUGUCUUCAUUAGGUUGAAAACGGGCUUGAAACAAUGUCUUCGGUCAAGUCUCUCGCACUUUUCAGAUCGUUAUCGACCGGGCAGUCGAACAAGGCAUUCUUCGAUGUUUCUCGCAGACUGUCUUCGUACUUGGCCUUCGAUCCAGAGUUGACGACGCAGAAGAAAUGUGAGAUUGAACAGAAAUGGGGGGCUUUUGUCAAUGAACAGAAAUUUGACAAACACAGCACAAAGCCAAAGUUUUAUGUGCUGUCCAUGUUUCCGUAUCCGUCCGGAAACUUGCAUAUGGGGCAUGUGAGGGUGUAUACUAUAAGCGAUGCAGCUGCGCGUUAUUACAGGAUGAGAGGAAAAAAUGUCUUGCACCCUAUCGGGUUUGAUUCGUUCGGUUUACCUGCGGAAAAUGCUGCUAGAGACAAUAAAGUAACUCCCGAACAAUGGACUGAAAAAAAUAUAAACACAAUGAGGAAACAGUUAAAACAGCUCGGUUGUAACUUCGAUUGGAACAGAGAAAUCGUAACUUCAAAACCUGACUAUUAUAAAUUUACUCAACAAUUAUUUUUGCUUUUGCACAAGCAUGGUCUUGCAUAUAGGAAGAAGGCUAUUGUCAACUGGGAUCCUGUCGACUGCACAGUAUUAGCAGAUGAGCAGGUAGACAGUAAAGGGAGAUCUUGGAGGUCAGGGGCAAUUGUUGAAAAAAAGAUGCUCAAACAAUGGUUCAUUCGGACAACUAAUUUUGCUGAGGAUCUUUAUGAAGGAUUAAAUGACCCAAAUUUAAAAGACUGGAGAGAUAUAAUUAACCUUCAAAAACAUUGGAUAGGCGAAUGCACUGGUGCUGAUUUUUAUUUUUAUAUAGAUGAUUCUAAAGGCAAUAGGAUACCCGUGACCGUCUGGGUAGAGAAACCAGAACACAUGUCAAAAGCAGCUUUUCUUUCUGUUUCUUCCAAAAGCGUACUCGGUUCUGAAAUUUUGAAAAAUUACCAAAACGAAAAGCUGUACCUGAGCAGUCAUUUAAGUAACAAGAAACUGCCUAUUUUUGUCACGGAUGAGCUACCAUUUCCAGAAGGUUGUGAUCUCAAACUCGGAAUCCCGAGUAAAAACGAUCUGGACAAGGAAUUCGCUAUUAGAGAAAACGUAGAAUUCGACGAUGAAUCUGAGCUUGAUAAUUAUGAAGAGAGAUUUAAAAUUUGUAACCUAGCCAUUAAAUGUAAUUUAGGAGGAUACCCUAAAAGUUCUAAAUUACACGACUGGCUGAUUUCAAGGCAGAGGUAUUGGGGGACGCCUAUUCCAAUAAUACAUUGCGAAAAAUGUGGCGAAGUACCUGUCGAAAUGGAAAACUUGCCUGUGCUCUUGGUGCCAAGGAAAGAGAACGGCACUCCACAGCCUGUAGAUUGCCCUAAAUGUGGUGGACAAAGUAAUUAUGAAACGGACACAAUGGAUACAUUUUUUGACUCAUCAUGGUACUUUUUAAGAUUCAUUGACCCUAAAAAUCCCUUUGACUUAUUUUCUACUGAUAAAGCUGCAAAGUUGAUGCCUGUUGAUCUUUACAUUGGAGGAAAAGAACAUGCUACACUACAUCUGUACUACGCUCGUUUUGUGUCGCAUUUUUUACACUCACUGGGUUACCUUAAACAGCCAGAACCGUUCAAAACACUUCUUGUGCAAGGGAUGAUCAUGGGAAAGACUUAUUAUGUCAAAGAAUCAUUGAAAUGUAUUAAAACAGACGACAUCGAUAAAAAAGGUAUGUCUUUAAUAUUUUGUAAUUGGCAUUAUAAUCGUUUUGUUUUUAAUUCAGGAAAAGAACUAUUUGAAAAGAGUACGGGCUUGCCUGUAUUUGAAAAAUGGGAAAAGAUGUCGAAAUCGAAGCACAACGGCGUUGAGCCAAGUGAAAUGUUCGAUAAAUAUGGUGUCGAUACGACUAGAUUGCUCGUUUUAGCCGAAGUUGCGCCCACUUCUCACAGACACUGGAGCAGUGAUUCUUUCAGUGGAGUUUUAAAUUGGCAGCAAAGGAUCUGGUCACUAAUGGAUAACUUUUUACAAGCCAGAAGGGAUUAUUCUGAUACACAGGAUGAUACUGAACAGUUAAAAAUGGAGGAUAUUUUAUACGACAGUAGGAACUUCUAUAUAAAAGGGACUACUUUUAAUUAUUCUCAGUCUCAACAAUUUAGUGUGGCCAUAUCAAAAAUGCAAGGUCUAACGAACAGCCUGAAGAAAUGCGACAAGAAGACGAUGGCAAUAAGUGGACAGUUUGAAAGAACGCUGGCCAGUUUGAUAAUAAUGCUGUUUCCGAUGGCUCCGCAUUUUUCAUCGGAAUUGUGGUCAUGCCUUCAAUCCGCUGGGAGUAGGAUAGACACAGACGGUAAAUUUAUAAACUGGGAUAAGCCCGUUUUUGAACAGAGUUGGCCACAGUUGGACGAUGAAUAUCUUCUUCCAUUGAUUUGUAAGGUUAAUGGAGCUGUAAAAUCCAAUGUCAUGGUGCCUAGUAAGAAACUGUCAAAGUUUAAACAAGAAGAUGCUUUAAAUUUAGCCUUGCUUCAACCUGACGUUCAGAAAUUUCUCCAAGGCUGUGACAUAUUGUCAAGUCAGUACACACUUGUUGACAAUUAUGAAGGAACAAUCAACAUAGUCAUAGACCAUUAUCAAAGAAGAAAAAUUUUAUUAGCAUCUGGCAACCAACAGUCCAAUAAGAUGAGAUCAUAAAUACCUCAGUUAUAGGAUUAACUCAUUUUCUAAUAAAAUUUUUUAAUAAUUUCUAAUUGUUUCAUGAAAUAGUCUUUUUAUAAAAUCACAUAUCAUAUGUGAUCAUAGUCAUUCUAAGUCUUACUUUGUCUCAAGUUUCCUGUUAUCUAGUCCUUGGUAAAACAAAAUUAAAUUUCAAAUCACACAUGUAUAUUUCCACAUGGCAAUAUUAAUUUGUUUAAUGUUUACCCUUUUAUACUUUUGUAUAAAAAAAUAAAUAAAGUAAAAUAAAAAAAUAUUCAUAUGAAUAGACUUGCUAAAAAAGUUAGAAUUGCUAAAAAAAUUAUUUUACGAAACAUAGCAAUAAGUAUAUGAAUGAAAAUUGUCUGAUAAUUAAGAUUAACAUUAUUUUUUAGAAAUAAAAAGUUUAUAAAUACUGAUAGAGAAUAAACCCCUAAAUUCAGCUAAGAAUCUUCAGGAUACUCAUUUUUUACCCCUUGAAGGGAUUGUUUGUUCGACGGAUCCUUUGGCACUAUUUUUUUUUCUUUGUUUCUGGAGCGGCUUCCAGCGACUUUUAUCUUUUUUGUGAGGUUUAUUUCGUAAACCGUCAUAGAUUGGCCUUUAAUUUGGCCUCUUCUCUGCCUUUCAUUCAAGGAACUAAUUUGAUCUUUCAUGGCAGUUUAAUUUGUUUUUCAAUAAUUUUGAGAUUUUUUAUUUUCUUUUAGUGUCUUUAGCUAAGUUUAUUGUUAAGGAAGAGUUGACUAUAUAAAACAACUUGAAAGUCGUUUUUCUUCAACUAAUUCUACCAUUUUUGUUGGGUCUAUUAUGUUAGCAAUUAAAUCCUUUACCUCCAGAGAGGAACUAGAUCCCUCUGAUUUUUUUUAUUGCUUUCCAUAUAAGGUCCCACGAGAGUUACAAGUAAAUAAUAUAAAUAAAUUUACAGAAACAAUGAGACAUGCAGCAAACAUGCUACUUAUGAAACUGUUAUUAAAACAAUUCUUAAGGAUCUAUCCUUAAUUUUUCAGACGGAUCAGUCAUAGAGGGAACAACUGAUCCAAAUAAAAAAUAUAAACAGCUAUUUAGACUCCCAUUUUUCGGCAGAGCUUGUAGGCAUUUUAGAAGUUCUCAGGUAUGCCCAAUGUCAUAAAAUAUCCAGCACAGAAGAACAUGGAAAAGGAAUCACUACAAAUAUGGGAGCAGGAAUGGAGUCAAACCAUAAAUGGAUGUGAAACAAGGAAAUACUUCCCGACCAUAUAAUCUCGUCUGAAAAUGAGCAUCUGCCAUACCACCAUGGCAUUGACAGGUCAUGGAAAGCACCUGUCAUAUCUCACCCGAUUUGGCAUAAUUGAUGAUGCGACAUGCCCUUGUAAUGGGGGUACACAAACAUGGGGACACAUUCUAUUCAGUUGCUGGAUGUUCUAUCGAAAAAGGACAUGCCUCAUUAUUCAGUCAUUAAAUCUAGAGUGGGGGAUAGAUGGCAACAUGAAAACAGCUUACUGCAAAACCAUAGCCUGGAAUUGUUCAAAUUUAUAAACUCAAUUGACAUUAACAACUACGAAGUGAUAACAAAGUGCAAUAAAUUUAAAGAUCUAAGACUGUUAAUUAUCAAAAAUCUAUAUAAUGUAAUAUAUUGAUUGUUAAAUACCUGCAAUCACUAUGGGAGCAGGUAGAAUAAACUCCCUGAUCACAGGGUGUACUGUGGCCAGGAAAAAAUCC